GUUCCUAGUCGGAUUCGUUAACCAUUGUGCCACGAUGGGAACUCCCUAAAGCUUGAUUUUAUUGAUCAUCUCUUGUAGCUUUGUUCACAAAGAUGAUUUUUUUCUAGUUUCGUUUACAUCUUGCUUUGAUCUUUAAUAACUUCCUUCUACUUAUUUUGAGUGUGUUUUAUUCUUUUUCUAGAAUUUCAGGUUGUAUAUGACAUUGCCUUUUAUUCAUGCUUCCUUCUUUUUGAAUGUAUUUGAUGAAUAUUUAAGGUUAUACAUUUCCCUUUGAAUGUCACCUUGGAUAUUCUUUUUGAUAAUGCAGUGUUUUCAUUGUCAUUCAUUUAAAAAUAAAUUUUGUUCUGAUUUCAUCUUCAAUUUCAGAGGUAAUGAAUUCGAAAAUUUCCAGGUAGAUAGAUUUAUUUCUUUGCGUCUGUUGGAUUAAUUUCUUAUUUUGAGAUGUUGUGGAAAACGGAUGUGGUUUGGUUUUGUUCUUCAGAAUUUGAGGUUCCACUGAUUUGUAGAUUUAUCAGUUACUCUUUGUUUUUAAUAUUUUUUGAAGCAUAUGUCAGGAUCAUAUCAAUUGUACUUUUUUAUGCACAUGACAUAAUUUUUUUUGGUCCCCUUAUGAUGCUUUUUGUUUGAAUUCUUGUCAGUCUGCUAGUAUUGUAUUUGCAUUCUGUUAACAUUUGCUUGAUUCAGUGGAGUAACAUUGCCCAGGCAUUUAUUUUGCUUACCCAAAUUCAACUAUAUAAAUGUGGCAAAUCAGUUAAUAAGCGGUGCCAUGGCUCUACUCUCUGAUUUAGUCAGUGACUAUAUAAUUCCAAGUGAGCUCAGGGCUGGAGAUCACUGUUUGGAUGGGCACCUCUUAUAUAGUGUGAGCACAAUAGCCCUUGUUAAAUGCAGUGCUGGUCUUGAAACAUAAGGUUUGACUUUUACUGUAUCAUGUUUCCUAAAUGAAGUCAACCGCUCUAUCAGUUUCCAGUGAGAUGCUUAAGAUUUUGACUUGUUCAUUUUUGACUGAAUGCCAUUUUCAUCUUAAAACAUUUAAUUCCUCCUCAUGAUGGGACUACAUUGUGGGUGUUUUACCACUAAUUUACCUUCAGUCUGUUUGUUUAAUGUUAUUUUAGGUGUAUCUUUUUUACAUAAGCAUAUAGUUGAAUUUUCUCUUUAAUCUGGAAAGAAAUUGGACCUAUUUGUGAUUACUGAUGUUUGUAUUCAUUCCUGUCAUUUCUUUGUUUUGUAUUUACUAUACUUUUUUUUCUCUUUGUUUUUGAACUUUUUUUUCCCCCUAGUUGUUUGAAGGUCAUAUGUCAUUUUCUCUUCUUCUGGAGUUACCUGUAAGUUUUUAAUGCAUUUAAACCAUCACUUCUUUAUUCUUAUUUAGAAAUAAUCAGAAUCUAUAUCUUCCGUUCCCCAACAAGACAGAACUGCUGCUUGCUUUGACUUCCCUCUCCUUUCUGUUCUCUCUUCGACUUCCUAUGUUGAAAUCAUUUUUUCCUUGGUUUGGCUUGGAUAUUGGUGGAACCCUGGUCAAGCUGGUUUAUUUUGAACCCAAAGACAUCACUGCUGAAGAAGAAGAGGAAGAAGUGGAAAGUCUUAAAAGCAUUCGCAAGUACCUGACCUCCAACGUGGCUUACGGGUCAACGGGUAUUCGGGAUGUGCACCUGGAGCUGAAGGACCUGACUCUGUGUGGACGCAAAGAUAGGUGAUCUUCAGCUUUGCAAACUCGAUGAACUAGAUUGCUUAGUAAAAGGAAUUUUAUACAUCGACUCAGUUGGAUUCAAUGGACGGUCACAGUGCUAUUACUUUGAAAACCCUGCUGAUUCUGAAAAAUGUCAGAAGUUACCAUUUGAUUUGAAAAAUCCAUACCCUCUGCUACUGGUGAACAUUGGCUCUGGGGUUAGCAUCUUAGCAGUAUAUUCCAAAGAUAAUUAUAAGCGGGUCACGGGUACCAGUCUUGGAGGAGGAACUUUUUUUGGUCUCUGCUGUCUUCUUACUGGCUGUACCACAUUUGAAGAAGCUCUUGAAAUGGCAUCACGUGGAGAUAGCACCAAAGUGGAUAAACUUGUGCGAGACAUUUAUGGAGGGGACUAUGAGAGGUUUGGACUGCCAGGCUGGGCUGUGGCUUCGAGCUUUGGAAACAUGAUGAGCAAGGAGAAGCGAGAGGCAGUCAGUAAAGAGGACCUCGCCAGAGCGACUUUGAUCACCAUCACCAACAACAUUGGCUCAAUAGCAAGAAUGUGUGCCCUGAAUGAAAAUAUCAACCAGGUGGUAUUUGUUGGAAAUUUCUUGAGAAUUAAUACGAUCGCCAUGCGGCUUUUGGCAUAUGCUUUGGAUUAUUGGUCCAAGGGACAGUUGAAAGCACUUUUUUCAGAACACGAGGGUUAUUUUGGAGCUGUUGGAGCCCUUCUUGAGCUGUUGAAGAUACCCUGAUACCUGGGGAGAGGUUCCUGGAACUUUCCACAAUGGGAUCUGUGGACUUGUUUUUUUUUAAGAGACUCAUUCAGUUUUAUGAUUGUGUGCUACCUGAAUCAGAGCGAGAAAGGACGAGUGUAUUUUUCUAAGUCAUCAAGAUAAAUCCUUAAAAAUUCAGUCUAAACUAAUAACCAGUAAGGAAAGAUAUAUAUUAAAAAAAAAGUGGACCAUGUCCAUGUUGGCGAGGAUUCAUUGUAUUUAAUUGCUCUUCACUGUAGCUUUGUUCAACGUGCUGUGUUAGUUUAAAAUUCAGCAUCACUCAGUGGAGCUGCUUCAGAGGAGACCUGUUCUGUGUUCUACCGCCUGUGACUUUGUGUCCCAUUGAAGUCGCUAAAUGUAAGGAAGCUACUUUGUAUUAUAAUCUAAUCACAAAUUUGUUAAUAUGGCUUUGGAGAUCAUCUUCUGUGCGGUAACUGUCAUGUGCGUUUAGCCUUUUGUGAACAUGUUGAGAAACGUGUUUCAAGGUUCUGCAGACUUACUGAGCAGGUUAAUUCUGUGCCUGUACUGUUAACAGUUAAGCAUCUUUGGGGAGUGCAGUUCCAGGUUGUUUAUGCCAUAGAUCCCGGGAAGGUCUGUUAGGGAGGACAGGACUUCUGUCCGGGCAGAAUGUCCUUGGAUAGCGGGAGGGGUUGAAUUGACAUGGUGAAAGUUUAGCUGGCAGAAAACACGCAUCUGGAAGACUAAAAGCAGACAGAGCUGCUGGUAUCAACGUCUUUUUAAGGAACGGGGUGCGGUUACUUCAGGUCAGUUGAGGUGUUCCUGUGGGGAGCAGGGUGCGGCUCUCCUGCCUUCCUCUCCCACCCCCUGCCUUGUGCUUGUCGGAAACUGCCUGGCAGGCUGGCUCAGUUGCCUGGUGGGGAUGCUGCCUGUGAGAGGCUCAAAAGGCUGUGUGAGGAGAGACAGGAUUCUAGACGGAGUCUUGGUAGAGGUUGACUGAACCUUUUCCUUCUGCUGUGCAGAAUAAUUUUAAAAACCGUCUCCUUGCAGAGGGAGCAACAUUUGUAUCUUAUUUUUUGUAAUUGGUGCCUGUAUCCCUGUUGAAGGCUGUGAAGAUUCUGUAUAAAGCAGCCUCUGGACUAGAAGGAAACACCAAGGCUCUGUGGCCUCUUUGCGCCCCUUGGUUUCAGGGGAGGAGAAUGGCCUGGGAGGGACCUGACAUGGGAGGCAAGGUCCCAGGGGACGGAGAGGUGCAGGAGGGUGGGGCUGGGUGGCUGAAGGGGGAGAGGCUUGUCUGUUGUCAGAGCCAUGGUCCCUUCACCUGCAGGAAGGGCAGAGCAGGGGGACGGUGUGUGUGUGGGGGUGGUGGUGGUGUCAGCCUAAUGCCAUUUGGAUCCUGGAUGGCCACUUUUGCACACUUUGCUAGGCACGUGGGAGUUGUAGGUGCUGCGGGCUGGUGCAGGCCGUGGAGCUGGAGGGAUGCUGCGGGGAUGGGAAUUGCAGGCCCUGGUGUGAUUGACCUCUGCUGCUGUCCCUCCUGGGCCUCAGUCUAAGCCACCUCCAGUCCUGUCCCUCUGUCCUCACUGGCUGCUUCCAGCCAUGUGCCUGGAGGCCCCACCUUACUCCCACAGCCCCCAGAGUCAGCGCCACCACCCACCUCCUGCCCUACGCCCUCCUCCCCACUUCGUCUGGGCAGAGCACUGACCUUUGGAGAAAGGAGGGACCCCGAGGAGCCCACUGCCAGGGGAGACCCAGGCCGGCCUCCAAGGCCUCGUAGGGUCCCGCCUGCUCUUCCCCGCCACCUGCACUUAACUGUGCUUGUGAGGCUGUGCCAGUGCUUUUCGUGGGUCAUCUCAUGAAAUCUUUGUCAUCCCCGCAACUUAGCAGAGGACACCUGCCUAAAGUCACAUAGCUGGAAGCUUUCCUCUUGUGCCUUUCACCUCCAGGGAUCUACCACUUGCUGCUCUGUGACUUCACUUUGUGCCUUGUGCUCAGCCCAUCUAUCAGUGCAGUGGUAAAUCCUGUUGCUGGAUCUAAUGAACAUGUCAUCUUCCUCUUGCUCUUCCUUCUGCCUCCUAGGCCACUUCUGUCUCUACCGCUUCAUUCUCCUCUGAAGACGGUUGGUUAUUGCCAGCUUUCAGGCUCAAUCCUGGAUCUCUGCUGGCCAAGGGAGAGUGCCCGGCCCAGCUGUUGCCUCUGAGCUCCAGUCCCAAGUCAGCAACUACCUUUUCUUCUGUGUCCCCUGCAAGGCCAUUCCCACACAGAAAUCUCUCCAUCCUCUCCCAGUUUACUGCCACUUUACUACCUCCAGUUUGUGAGAUGCCUGUAAACUUCAUCUCUGUUCACUACAGCCACCACCCUGGUCUGAGUCACUGACUGGUCUCAUCUCAGCAGGUGUCCCUUUGUCUGUCCUCCAAAAGGCAGCCUGAGGAUCCCACCCCACACUCCCCCAUUAGAGGCAGUAGGGUGGUAGAGGCUGUGGUCAUGGUUGAGGUGGGAGAGGAAGGACGCCAGAUGCAGAUGGGAGCAGGGAGCAGGUCAGGUGGAGAUGCUCUAGAGGGUUGAGUUUGGGGCUGUGGAGAUUGGAGAUGGGGGGUGUUCUGUGAAGGCACCUAGGCUUGCUGGGGAGAUGUCAUUUUGGCCUGCCUGACUUGAUGCCAAAUAGGCAACUGGAUAUUUAGGGUGGAGAUAACAGACUUGAGAAGGAUGUGCAUGUAGAUGGGUAAACUGUAGGUGGGAAUUUAGUGAACCCCAAGGUAGAGGGAGAAUAACAAGAGCUGGGCAAGGAGAAGGCUGUGAUGAUCUCUGAAGAGUGGCCGGGGUGAUGGCCCGAGAGGCCUGUUGCUCAGGAGACUGGAAAGGAGAGGAGCUCUCCAGGCACCUGCAUUAAGUGGCGGUUUCAGAGCUGUUUUCCAUUUGGUUGCAGGCUCAUGGACUGCCUCGAGGGGAGCAGUUUCCCUGGAGCUGUGGCGCAAAAGCAGAGCCGCAGAGGUCCUAGUGAGGGUUGCUGAGUAGAAACAAUGGCCACCACAGGACGGCUUUGGACCAAGAGCAGUUUGUUCUCCUCAUAACAGAAUAGUUGCUAUUUCCGGGCCUGUGAUGGAGCCAGAGGGGUGCCACCGCAGCCCCCCUGCCCCCCACAAGCAAUAGCGCUGGAGUUUGGGAGACUGCUUGUCUGUGUUCAGCCACACCUGUGGUGCCAAGGCCAGGGUGGCAGGGGGGCCUUGGCUUCUCUGCUAUGGCCUGGUGCUCUACUUAUCACUGCUGACCUGUGCCCCACACGGUGGGAGGAGAUGAGCCAGGCUUCUGCAUCACAAUCACCUGUUACUGGUGACCAGCUCUGUUUGUUCGGAACCACUCACCUUGACUUUUCCAGCUCUUGCUACAUGGGCUUAAGUGGAGUGUGGGUGACCAGUGGUGGGUACAUGCUCAGCACAGAGUAUUUUCAAAAUCUUUUUAUUUACAUUUAAGUCAAUUACAUGCACGUUUUAUAUUUUAAACAAGAGUAAUUAGCAAAAUGCAUUAAAAUUUUAAAAUAGCAAUUAAAUAUACAAAAAUAUAGCUUACAAAAAAAAUUGCGAAUGUUUAAAAAUAUUCUGCUGCAGAACUCCUAGUGUACAAACAUGUCUAUGAAACCUGAGCCUCAGCAUUUCAUAAACCUUUUUUUGAGGGAGUUAUUAUAUCUAGUGAAUAAACCCCAAUGGGCUUAAACUACAAGACUCAUAUCCCCUCUUUCUGGCAAUGAUCUGUCAAGAGACCAGAGAUGACAGUUCAGAAACAUUCUUGGAAGACUGAACUGUUAUCAGGAAGGACUUCCUAAUACUGGCCCCACCUGCCUCCUGCUCUAACAGGGCCUGGGAGGAAAGGGGGGGAUUCAGGGACCUCGUGCACCUGUCCUGAGGCUCGUACUGGCCCAGGGAGCUGAGAGGGGCUUCAUCGAAGUAUAGACAAGUCCCUUGACUCUGAUGGGGCCCGCAUUCUAGGAACAUGUCCCUGGAGCAGGGAGUCCCUGACACUGUAGCCACAGACGUGAGUACUGGAUUGGUAAGCCAGGUGUGGUCAUGCUUGGUCUAAAAGUGGAAUAAAACUCAGCAUCUUGGAACCAUUCACAUUCUGAAGCUGUACUGGAACAAUAAAAGAUACACUGAACAAGCUUUUCUAUUUUCCUUGUAGUCCCAAUCAAAUGGAAGCACAUUCCAUGGCACACUGGAGUGAAACCUUUGUUAAUUUUAUCUACUAAAGGAGUAUAACCCAGCAUUUUCCAGUUAUCAGCUGCAGACUUCACCAGAAUUUAGACACAUUCAUCUCCUUUACUCAGAUUCCUGAAUGCUAAUAUUAAAGUCUCUUAAGGUUCAUCCAAUGACAGAAGGGUGGAAUUUCACAAACAAUUCCUUUUCAAGUUUCAGGUCAGGGGCCCCAAAGUUAAACUUCUGAUCCAGGGAGGCCCUGGGCUUCUACUCUGGCAUUACAGCAGGGAGAUGGGUGGGGACUGAGAGGCACAGAUGUGGCCCCUCCUCCCAAGGGCUGCCUGGAGGAAGCACUUUUAACUUUGAUCUCCUGCAGGGGCAAAAGUGAAUCCCCCCCCCCCCCCCCGGAAAGAAACUAUUGGUGGGAUAAUUUCUGUUGAAAGGAAAAAAUGUUGGGCAAGGAGAAAAUUCUAUGGGAACAUUUUCUAUUUAGUUUGUGCAUAAGAGUAGCGAGAGAAAGGGAGGUUCAUGAAUGUGAACAUGGACAUUUAGGCACAUCUGCUGUAAAUUCUGAGGCAGCUGACCACCUAUUUACUUAGCAAUGUCUGAGACAUCUACCCCACAAGACACAGGAUGCCUUGGCCUUCAGUUACUGCUACUUCUCAAACCCCUAUCUUAAAAACACGGGAGCCUGCCUAGGAAAUGGUGACAGCUGUAGCCAGGUGUCCUGCUGGCCUCUUGGUCCUCCUUCGAAGUGGCCAAGACUGGAGGGUUGGGGUGGAGCUGCAGCCUGUCCAGUCCCCUGCAGGAGCUGCUGGACUGUGCUGUCACUUUUGGCUGGGGAGCCUGCUCUUGAGUGUGCUGUCACAGACUCAGGCUGGAAACUGGUUGUGCUCAUUAUUUGGGCAACUAUGGUUAGGGUGUCAGGGAGGGUCUGUAUCUGUAUAGAAAACUAGAAUUUCAGCAUGCUUCAGUUAGUGGAAAAUAGGCCUUAGGCAGAAUGGGUGUGAUUAAAAAAAUUCCCCUAAUACUGGGCUCACCUUUUACAGACAUUCUGACUUCUGGGAUGGUCCUUCCCACAAGAACAGAACUGCUCCUUGAAUAUACUUGUCCGGUAUCAUAUAAGUAGAAAAAAAAAA